AUGUCCCGCCUGGCACAGCCUCCUGAAAAAGCCCCCAAAAGAGAGAAAAGGCCCAGCACAGCCCAAAAAAGCCUGAAGAACCUCAAGAAGCCCAAGAAAGUGGAAAAGGCCCUCAAAGGCCCAGAAAAAGUGCACAAAAAUCCAGAAAAGUACUCCAAAAAGCCCAGAAAGAUCCAGCAUAGGCUGCUCCCCAAAAGCCCUCCCAAAAAACAGAAAAGCCCUGAAAAAACAAAGAAAAAGUCCCAAAGCCCCAAAAUAUCCAAAAAUGUGCCAAAAGACCCCCAUCAUCCAAAAAUGCUUUGA